UCUGACAACACAGUUACCCAAUUGUCAAAACAAAAUGUCUUUUUCUUCGUGUUGAUUCUUCCCUGAAUAUUAUUUUUAGACAUUUUACGUUUUAUCCAAUGCAGUUUUUCCGGAAAGAUCUUUUCAUUUUCAUUUUGAGGUGAUAACCGGUGAAAAUGUUGAUAAGGCGGGUGCACAGGCGCGACGUUUCGCGGUGCAUAAGCCUAUUCGGCGCGGGGCACCGUCAGUUUUCGAGUCGCUUAGAUGCCCUGAAUCAUGAAGAGAAGCUGGACGGGUGCCUGGAGAAGUUGCCGUCGGAGGCGAAGGUGGUGAUAUGCGGCGGGGGUGUGAUGGGGGCGGCGGUGGCGUACCACCUGGCGAAAAGAGGCUGGGGCGACAAGACUAUACUUAUCGAGAAAGAGAAGGUCGGUGCCGGCAGCCGCUGGCACUCCUCAGGGCUCAUCGGGGCUUUCAAACCGUCCCUCGCCCAGGUCAAGCUGGCGCAGUCCUCUAUCAAACUCCUCGAGGAGUUGGAGACGGCUGGACAGAUCACGGGGUGGAAGCAGUGCGGGUCCCUGCUGCUGGCGAGGAAUAGGGAUCGUAUGACCGUGUAUAGAAGGAUGAAGAGCCAGUCUGUUUCAUGGGGCAUCCCUUGCGAGCUAGUCUCCUCCGCUCGCUGCCGGGAGCUCUGCCCCCUCCUGAACGUAGAAGACAUCUUGGGCGGCCUGUGGAUACCUGGCGACGGUGUAGCUGACCCUCAUCUAGUUUGCAUGGCGCUUAUGAGAGAGGCUGUGGCCAAAGGUGUCGGCGUAAUGGAGAACUGCUCCUUAACCGCCGUGCACUCUAAGGACGACCGAGUGGCGGGCGUGGAAACCAGCCACGGGUCCAUACAGUGCCAACACUUUGUCAACUGCGCGGGCUUCUGGGCGAGGCAGGUGGGACAGCUAGCGAAGCCCCAAGUGAAGGUGCCUCUGCUGCCUUGCGAGCAUUACUACCUGCACACGAAACCCAUUGACGGACUCGACCCCAUGACGCCAGUGGUACGAGACCCGGACGGGUACAUAUAUAUGCGGGAGAGGGACGGCUGUAUCCUGGCGGGCGGAUUUGAACCUGUCGCCAAGCCUGUAAACGAGGAGGAAAUCGACACGGCGGCCCAGAGAUGCGUCCAAGAAGACUGGGACCACUUCCACGUGUUGCUGCAACAGCUGCUGCGUCGCGCGCCGAGCCUCGCCCAAGCGCAGCUGCACAAACUGUGCAACGGGCUGGAAGCCUUCUCCCCGGACUGCAAGUGGAUAGUGGGCGAGGCGCCUGAGAUGUUCAAUUAUCACGUAGCGGCCGGCAUGAAGACCGUAGGCAUAUCAGCGGCCGGCGGCGUAGCCGAGGCGACCGUAGAGCAGCUCACGGACGGCUACACGCGCUACGACAUGCACGAGCUCGACAUCAACCGGUUCCUGGGUCUGCACAACAACAAGCGCUUCCUGAGGGACCGGAUCAAAGAGGUGCCUGGGGUCCACUACGGCUUACCGUACCCGUUCCACGAGUUUCAAACCGGUCGAAAUCUGCGCAUGUCCCCCAUAUACCCCACACUACGAGACAACGGCGCCGUGUUCGGCCAGGUCAUGGGCUACGAGCGGCCCGCGUGGUUCGAGCCCGUCGAAAAAUCACCCGACGACACGCUAAAACCUCGUCCGUUCAAGAUCGCCUACACGAUGACGUUCGGCAAGCCGCACUGGUUCGACACAGUGCAGCGCGAGUAUUGGGCCUGCAGGGAGGCCGUGGGCCUCGCGGAUUACUCCUCAUUCACGAAGAUAGACCUGCAGUCGAAAGGGCGCGAGGUCGUCGACCUGCUCCAAUACCUGUGCUCCAACGACGUGGACGUGCCCGUCGGCUCCAUCAUACACACGGGCAUGCAGAACGAGAGGGGCGGGUACGAGAACGACUGCAGCCUAGCCAGGAUAUCGGACAACCACUACAUGAUGAUAGCCCCGACAAUCCAACAAACCCGGUGCAAGGUGUGGAUAAAGCGUCACCUGCCGCGCGACGGCUCCGUGACGCUCUCCGACGUGACGCCGAUGUACACCGCCAUCUGCGUCAUGGGGCCCUUCACCAGGAACCUCAUGUCCGAGCUCACCGACACCGAUCUCUCGCCAAGCAACUUCCCCUUCUUCACGUUUAAGGAGUUGGACGUGGGUCUGGCGAACGGCAUUAGAGCCAUGAAUCUCACUCACACCGGCGAGCUGGGCUACGUCCUCUACAUACCUAACGAGUUCGCGCUGCACGUGUACCAGCGCAUCAUGGCGGCCGGGGCCAAGUAUGGCAUCAGCCACGUGGGGUACUACGCGUCGCGCGCGCUCCGCGUGGAGAAGUUCUUCGCGUUCUGGGGCCAGGACCUGGACACCACCACCACGCCACUAGAGUGCGGGAGGACUUGGCGCGUCAAGUUCCAGAAAGACAUCCCGUUCAUCGGUCGCGCGGCGCUCGAGCGCCAACGGUCGGAAGGCAUCCGCCGGCAAUACGUGCAGCUGCUCCUGACGGAUCACGAGCACGAGCUGGACCCGUGGUGCUGGGGCGGCGAGCCCAUCUACCGCGACGGCGCGCAGUGCGGCUCCACCACCACCACCAGCCACGGGUUCACCUUCAAGAAACAGGUGUGUCUCGGCUUCGUCCAGAAUCUGGACGAAAAUGGCGUCGCGCAACGCGUCACCAACGACUACGUGCUCAGCGGACAUUACGAAGUUGACAUAGCCGGGAUCAGAUACGCAGCGAAAGUGAAUCUGCAUUCGCCCAACUUGCCGACCAAGUACCCGGAUAAAGAGCGGGACGUGUACCAGGCGACCAGGAAACACGACCAGCACCUGGGCAGGCACUACCAGCCCUAGUUUUCCAAAAUAUGCUGUUAAAACUUUAUAAAACUUUCCCGAGAAUUGUACUUUUAACACAUUCACUGCCCCCGAUGCACAUGUGCGUCCACCGUCUUACAAGUUUGUUCCUAGGCCACGCCCCCUGGCAGUGAAUGCGUUAAAAAGGUAAGCAAGGCUUGGAACCGGUUUUUUCUUCAUAAAAUAAAUACCGGUAUUAUUACGUUCUUUUUCGUUCUUUGGGGUUUUAUUUCAAUUUUAAUAGAACAAUGUAAUAAUACGAAGUUGUUACCUAAAUACAUGAUUUAGUCCUAUGUAAAGAGAAUAAAAUAUUUAAAAAUAUCGGGCCGUAUCGGGGUUUAGAAAAAAAACCGGUACUAAGCUUUGAAGGUAGGUUCCUUUAGAUUCGCGUAGGACGUGAGAAAAUUAAGCUUCCGUGUUAAGGUUGUUUAGUAAUUUGAAAACUUUCGGUAUUUAAAGUUAGUAUUUGUACAUAAUGUACAUGGCUGUCGAGUUUAAUACCUAAAAGCGGAGAAGGCUAGAGUCCGACCAAGACAACUCUGCAUGGCUUUGCAAUGACAUUUAGCUAAUAAUCGUUUGUCCUCAUCUGUCAUUUUGACUUAUGUAUUUGUAAGAAAGGGAUAAAACAUAAUUUAACUAAAUCAGGCUCGUACAGUUUUAUGAAUAAGGGGAUUCUAAUGUAUAUAAUCAUUCUUUGAUAUGUAUAUUAUCAUUAUAAUAGAAUUAUAUAAAUAUAAAUAAUAUAUAAAUGACGCCAAGCGUCAAUCUUGCCUUAUUAUGGACUAGCUCAAUUUUUGAAUUGUAUUAUUAGUUGAAAUUAAGCAAUAAUAAGCCAAUUAUGAGUAGGUAAGUGUCAAUUUUAUAAGUGAUUCUGAUUAAUAAA